AUGCGUUUCCUCUGUUCUGUCUCAUUAUUGGGUCUGGCUUCGAUUGGCCUAGUCAACGCUAGCAACUGCAAGGAGCCCCUGGUGCGCAAGGAAUGGCGAACUCUGAACAACCAGGAAAAGCGGUCCUACAUUUCAGCUGUCCAGUGCUUGAAGACGAAGCCAGCCCAACUGCAGAGCCGCUAUUCCGGGUCUCGCUCGCGUUUUGACGACUUCCAGGCCGAGCACAUCACUCAGACUGACUAUAUCCAUUUUGUUGUGAGUACCUAUGGAACGCCUAAAGGGUCUGCCACACAGCCCAAUCACUAA